AGCCUCCUCCCCUCCUCCUCCUCCUCCAAAGGACGCCCAGGGGAAAAGAGGGCAUUCGGCGGCUGCUCUUCCUGGCGCACUCCCACCCGGCUCUCCUCUCUCCCACCAUGUCGGGCCACCCCACCAACCUGAGGGUGAAGCUGCCCCUGCUCUGCGCUCUCCUGCAGCUGGCCACGGUUCUCCUGUUCGCCUUCUUCGUCCAGUACGACAGCCACACCAGCCCUCGGCUGUGGCACGAGGAUGUGCAGUUGCACAGCAAAGGCCCCCUGGACCACGAAUUCUACCCACGCUACCCAAGCUUCCAAGACGUCCACGUCAUGGUCUUCCUUGGCUUCGGCUUCCUGAUGACCUUCCUGAAACGCUACAGCUUCGGUGGGGUGGCUUUCAAUUUCCUGAUAGCCGCCUUUGCCCUCCAGUGGUCUGUCCUCAUCCAGGGAUUUUUCCACACCUUUCACAAUGGCAAAAUCCACGUGGGCAUAGAAAGCAUGAUCAACGCGGACUUCUGUGCGGGGUCCGUCCUCAUCUCCUUUGGGGCUCUGCUGGGUAAGACCAGCCCCGUCCAGUUGCUGCUGAUGGCCGGGCUGGAAGUCACCCUCUUUGGCAUCAACGAGUAUGUCCUGCUCAGCCUCCUUCAGGUGAGUUGCUCCCUGUGGGGGGCUGAUCCCUCCUCCCUUGGGACGGGAUGGGCGCAGGGCAAGAGACCGUUAUCCAAAGUCAAUCCGUUCAAACCACCAUUAAGCCUACAUUAUGGAAUAGGCCAGGCAGGGGAAGCCCAGAACGACGCAGGAAGUUCUGAAAGCCGUAAAUAGCCAUAAAUGGACAGCAUCUUGCUGGGCAAAAGCACCUCCUGCGUAAUUCUCUGCGAAGAAUCAGGGACGGCCUCUCUGCGCCCAGGAACGAUUCAAGGGUGAUGAUGUUACUCUUUGCAACUCAGCACCAGAUCCCAUCACAGUUAGUUACAUAAAGUGCAACACUCCUGAUUCCCACCCGCACUGAGUGCAAUGCCAUCCUUUUGAGGGGAGGGGUGGGGGUGGGUAAUAGUUGUAUGAACCCAUUCCUAGUUUCACGAUUGGCAGAGCUUUGGCUUCCUGUCCUUGACUUCUGACAACGAUCCUCAGCCCCAAAGGGUUCUACCACAAAACCGCGGACGACAAAAUCGCGGUCGACGAAAGCGCGUAUGUGAUGACGUC